UCAGACCCCGCUCAGCAGCCGCGGAGCAACUAAGCAGCCCGUUUCUUCGCGGGUCCCAGCUCCCGGGCCGGGGCCAGGCCCCCCCCACCGCCGGGUCCCCCGGGGCUGCAGCAGCGGCGGCGGCGGCGACACCCGCGGUUCCCGCCGGGGCCCGGGCGCCGGCCCCGCUCUGCAGGAUGGGCACGGUGCUGUCUCUGUCGCCCGCCUCCUCGGCCAAGGGCCGGAGGCCCGGCGGGCUGCCGGAGGAGAAGAAGAAGGCGCCGCCCGCGGGGGACGAGGCGCUUGGGGGCUCCGGGGCGCCGCCCGCGGGCAAAGGCGGCAAAGGCGAGAGCCGGCUCAAGCGGCCGUCUGUACUCAUCUCCGCGCUCACCUGGAAGCGCCUCGUGGCUGCGUCGGCCAAGAAGAAGAAAGGCAGCAAGAAGGUGACGCCCAAGCCGGCGUCCACCGGCCCCGACCCCCUGGUCCAGCAGCGUAACCGCGAGAACCUUCUUCGCAAAGGCCGGGACCCCCCCGACGGAGGCGGCGCGGCAAAGCCCCUCGCGGUGCCCGUGCCCACCGUGCCCGCGGCCGCCGCCGCCUGCGAGCCGCCGUCGGGGGGCAGCGCGGGCCCCCCGCCGCCGGGCUCGGGAGGGGGCAAGCCGCCGCCGCCGCCCCCCGCCCCGCAGGUCGCGCCCCCGGUGCCCGGCGGCUCCCCGCGGCGGGUGAUCGUGCAGGCAUCCACCGGCGAGCUGCUGCGCUGCCUGGGCGACUUCGUGUGCCGCCGCUGCUACCGCCUCAAAGAGCUGAGCCCCGGCGAGCUGGUGGGCUGGUUCCGCGGCGUGGACCGCUCGCUGCUGCUGCAGGGCUGGCAGGACCAGGCCUUCAUCACGCCCGCCAACCUGGUAUUCGUGUACCUGCUGUGCCGAGAGUCGCUGCGCGGGGACGAGCUGGCGUCGGCCGCCGAGCUGCAGGCCGCCUUCCUCACCUGCCUCUACCUCGCCUACUCCUACAUGGGCAACGAGAUCUCCUACCCGCUCAAGCCCUUCCUGGUGGAGCCCGACAAGGAGCGCUUCUGGCAGCGCUGCCUGCGCCUCAUCCAGCGGCUCAGCCCCCAGAUGUUGCGGCUCAACGCCGACCCCCACUUCUUCACCCAGGUCUUCCAGGACCUCAAGAACGAGGGCGAAGUGGCCGCCAGCGCCGGGGGGGCGCCCAGCGGGGGUGCUCCCGCCGCCGCCGCCUCCUCCACCACCUCCUCUUCGGCCGCCAGGGACAGCUGCGCGACCGGCCCCAAGCACUGGACUAUCAACCUGGACCGCUAGGGAGUGCCCGCCCCCUUGCUUCUGCCCGCUCCUCCUGUCCCCUUCCCUCCACGCGCCCCGCAACCUCUGCCGCUGGGACCCCGGGCCCGGGGAACAGGCCUGGACGCCCCAGGCCUCCGGCCCUGCCUGGAUUUUGCUGGGGGUAGAGUGGGGGUGGGGGGCGAGCGAGGGAAGGGGGACUCCCCGGCCUUGCCCUUUCUG